AUGAUAAAGUUACCAAAAACUAAAAGAGACCCUAAUACCACGAAGGACCUAUGCAAAUGUCGCCCUAUUUGCAAGAGCCGCAGACGUGAUUGGAAAGGGGAGAUCCAGAAUCCAUCAGCUGAGUUAUUGAUAGACAGAAAAGACCCCGCGGAAUGCUUCAGAAGAUGGCCCAUGAAAAUUUACCCAAACAGUCCCUGUCCGUUGUUUGCGAGAAACAAGCAAGUGAUCAUCAAAGAGAGGUUUGUGCAUGAAGACCCUGGGAUAAGUGUGGUCAGGAUCUGCCCAGCGCCCAUUGACGACAUUGUGGAUACCUUUUACAUGCAGGCGGCUGACAUCGCCAGGAACAUCGGAGCACUGAAACUAGUAAAGAAAUACUGUCCAUGCUGCUGUCGCUGCGGCUGCAUAUGCGGGGAGUACGUCAUGAAGGAUCCGGAGGGAGAGUCCACUCGUCGCCAGGACAUGCGUCGGUUCGAUGCCCGGGUCAAGGAAGAUUGCCUCAAGUUCCGAGCUAUGUACAUGUAG